CUCCAAUACUUCUCUCUUUCAACUGCUUCCAGUUUUCGCCAAAAAUUUUUGGCUUGGAAUUCGAGAGGGUAAAAGAGAGUACAAAGCAAAUUCUUCAAUACUAAUAUACUUACUAACUAAUUAGUUAAGCAUAAUUAGUUGGUCUUACUCAUGUUCGCGACCUAAAUCUCUAGUUGUAUUCUAAUCUGUGCUGGACGAUUUCCAGAGUUACUUAAUACAUAAUCGGAUUCUUUUCUCGUAAGGUUAAAAAGAAAAAACUAUGGCUAUCAUAAGUGACCAAUAUUGUGAUCAACAUGCACGGGCGGCUUGGAAAUCAUGCAUGGCGUCAGCAUUCCGGACGGCGGUGGCUUGCAUAAUUGUCGGCUGCGCCACCUUGUUCGGGCCCACCUCAUUGAAGAACCAAGUCACACUGCCGGCAUUUUCUUACGUCACGGUGAUCCUAAUCAUAACCGACGCCACCUUGGGCGACACGUUCCGAGGAUGCUGGCAUGCGUUGCAUGCUUCGCUCUUCGGGAUAUGUCCGGCCAUUUUGACCCUUUGGCUGAUCGGGCCGGCUCAGCUGACGGCGAGCAUCACGGCCAUCGCGGUGGCUGCGAGCGCGUUCGUGGUGGUGGUGCAGGAGAACAGCCACUUGAUAGCCAAAAGGAUUGCGCUGGGGCAGAUUGUUUUGGUGUACGUUUUGGCAUUCAUAAACGGGCCAAAAGCGGACCCGAUAAUGCACCCGGUUCAUGUGUUGGCCAGCACUUUUGUUGGGGUCGCGGCUUGUGUUUUAGCCCUCUUGCUUCCUUACCCUAGCUUAGCAACCUCCGAGGUAAAAAAGAAUUUCAAGCUUUUCACUAAGAAUGCUUCCGAGAGGCUCAAGGUGUUUGUGAAGGCAUUCUCUGCUGAAGAUAAAAAAAGUGCAAAUGCAUUGAUAUCACAAGCCAAGUCCAUGGCCAACAUGGGAACCAAAUUACUCAAAACCGUUAAAUCCAAGCAAGAAAGUAUGGCAUGGGAAAGAAUUCCAAUCAAUUUCUUCAAGCCUUAUAUCACAAAUCCAGCUGAGAAAUUGCACCAUCUUGAGACACCUUUAAGAGGGAUGGAAAUUGCUGUGUCAUCCAAUAAUGAACAGUUUCCAGUUGGGAUACUAAACUCAGAUCAGAAGCUCAAAGAUGAAAUAACAAGAACUGAGAACCACAUUGCACGUCAAAUCAAAAGCAUGCACUUAGUUUCAGCAAUCACUAUCCCAGAAAACGUAGUUGAUCACCAACAUCAUCUGCCAGCACUUCCUGAUCAAACCAUUCCAUUGGACAAAAAAGAUUUGCCUUCAUUUUUUUUCCUGUUUUGUUUGAAACUCCUACAGAAAAAAUCCAUGGCUGCUGCAGCCAUUAGUACUCAACCAUUGAUCAGUAAUCCAAGCAAAACAGGUCCACAAAAAGAAGAAGAUGAUGGUGAUCAGUCUUUUCUCAAAAGUGCAUGGAAAAAUUUUGCCAGUUAUUUGAAGAACAAGAGGCUUAUGCCAGCUUUCAAAAGUUCACUUUCAUUAGGCCUUGCUGUUUUCCUUGGUGCAAUUUACAGCAAGGAAAAUGCAUAUUGGGCAGGACUGCCAGUUGCCAUUAGCCUUGCAGCUUCAAGAGAGGCAACAUUCAAAGUUGCCAAUGUUAAAGCUCAAGGCACUGUUUUGGGGACAGUUUUUGGUGUAUUUGGUUGGUUCAUGUUCCAAAAAUAUGUCCUCAUCAGGUUACUAUCACUCCUUCCAUGGUUCAUCUUUUGUAGCUUUUUGCGGCGCAGCCGGAUGUACGGCCAGGCCGGCGGAAUCUCAGCUGUUAUUGGUGCAAUUUUAAUCUUGGGAAGGAAAAACUUUGGCCCUCCUAGUGAAUUUGCCAUUGCAAGGAUAACAGAGACUUUUAUUGGGUUAUCUUGUUCAAUUGCUGUGGAAAUGAUCUUGCAGCCCACAAGGGCUGCUUCCCAGGCUAAAACUGAGCUUUCCAAGAAUCUUCAAGUGAUUAAGGAAUGCGUUGGUGGGAUUAGUCUCAAUGCCAGCAAAGCCAACUUGGAUGAAAGUUUAAAGAUUCUGAAAGUCCAAGUGAAUGAAUUGGGGAAAUUCAUUGGAGAAGCUGAGGUGGAGCCCAAUUUCUGGUUCUUGCCUUUUCAUAGUGCUUGCUAUGGUAAGCUUUUGAGGUCAUUAUCAAAGAUGGUGGAGUUCAUGGUAUUUACCACUAGUGCAAUUGAGUCAUUCCAACAGGAAGAAAAAGGUGGGAAGAUGGACAGUAAUUUGUGGAAGGAAAAUGUGAAUAGGCUAAAUCUUGAUCUCAAUGUUUUCAAGAACACCAUUUGCUCUUCAAUCAUGUGUUGUGAGGAGGUCAGUUUGAUCAAAUCACUCCAGGCAUUAGACAAUGAAAUUGAAAAGAAAAGCAUUGCUACUGAUCUUGAAUUAGGCAAAUCCAAGAUCACAUUUUCAGGUCCCAAGGAUCAGGAGAUGAUGGAGAAAAAACUUGCCUCAUUUCUUCAACAUUGCCAGCAACUACUUGAUGAUAUCAAAUCUGAUGAGAAAGAUGAGAUGAAGAGCCAAAUUUUGUUGAGUUUGAGUACUUUGGGCUUCUGCAUGGAUGGCCUAAUAAGGGAAACCAAAGAGAUUGAGAAGGGAAUGGUAGAACUUUUGCAAUGGGAAAAUCCAUCUAGCCAUGUGGAUCUGCAUGACAUUUCAAGCAAGAUCAGUGCUCUACAAACAUCUGACCUGUAGAAUAAGAAUAACUAAUCAAAAUAUUUUGUAUAAAUCAAAUUGUAACUUUUGUAUCUGAUGAUACUGUAAUAUGCUUGGGAACAAUCAACCUAAGCAAACUAAUGCAUUGGUUAAUUUAUUAAAAAAUGGAACUAGUAAUAAUUAUUACUCAGAGUUUAUGGGCCCAGAUUCAGUAGGAUAUCUCCAAAAGGGCGGGCCUUGGCUAACACAAAUAAGGAGGCCUUACUGUUGUAGCAAACUGGGAACUGGUCCAACAUUAGCUAACGCUAACACUACCCACGAAAAAAAAUACUAACAUCACAAGUACGGAGCCAGAAACUACAAAUAGCGCGGCCCUGGAAAGCUACGUGGCAAGCAAAAAGUAAAAUGUCAUGUGGCUGCUGGGAUUCGAGCCCAGGUCCCCACGGCCACAACGUGGAAUUCUUACCACUAAACUACA